AUGGCGGAUGCGACAAACACCAAAGAGCGAGCCGCAUACAAGACAUGGGCCUCCUUUCAUUUCUUUUUCCCCGUCGCUGACUUCCUCCACGGAAACCUCCUCGACAACUUCUAUAUGCGCCGGCCGAUUUCGACGGUGUCAGUUUCUGCUCCGAUCCAAGGACAGUCCUCGCUCUUGGCCACUCGUUCGCUUCUCCAACAGUGCAGAACACUCGGGCUUCUUCUGUCUGUGCAGCUGCCGCACGACCGCCCCCAUCUAUAUCGAGGAAGCCACUCUACAGUUCUGUACAUGGCUCCGAUAACCACUUCAAGCAAAGAGAUCAACAAGUAA